AUGGGGCAACUGGUGAAGGAUUGUGGCCAUGAGCACCUGAGCCAGGCACUCCCGUCCAGGGGGCAGGAGGGGGUGAACCCAGAGCAUACUCUGCAGGUGUUUGAUCUUUCUCUGGACCAGGAUCACACAGGCCUUGAUAAUAGCCUUGUGGGUGUGUGGUUUUCUCUUAACUACAGGAAGAUUGUCGAUCGAAUUGACAGCGAUGGGGAUGGCUUUAUCACCACUGAGGAGCUGAAAACCUGGAUCAAACGGGUGCAGAAAAGAUACAUCUAUGAUAAUGUUGCUAAAGUCUGGAAGGAUUAUGAUCGGGACAAAGAUGAUAAAAUUUCCUGGGAAGAAUACAAACAAGCCACCUAUGGUUACUACCUAGGAAACCCCACAGAGUUUCAGGAUUCUUCAGAUCACCACACCUUUAAAAAGAUGCUGCCCCGUGACGAGAGACGGUUCAAAGCUGCAGACCUCAAUGGUGACGGGACGGCCACUCGGGAGGAGUUUACCGCCUUUCUGCACCCUGAGGAGUUUGAGUAUAUGAAAGAAAUUGUGGUUUUGGAAACUCUGGAGGACAUCGACAAGAAUGGGGAUGGGUUUGUGGACCAGGAUGAGUAUAUUGCGGAUAUGUUUUCCCACGAGGAGAGUGGCCCUGAGCCAGACUGGGUCUUGUCAGAACGGGAGCAGUUUAAUGAAUUCCGGGACCUGAACAAGGACGGGAAGUUGGACAAAGAUGAGAUUCGCCACUGGAUCCUCCCCCAGGACUAUGACCACGCGCAGGCUGAGGCCAGACACCUGGUGUAUGAGUCGGACGUAAACAGGGAUGAAAAGCUAACUAAAGAGGAGAUAUUGGAGAACUGGAACAUGUUUGUUGGAAGCCAAGCUACCAAUUAUGGAGAAGACCUCACAAAAAAUCAUGAUGAACUUUGAUACACACACACCAUAACUUGGCAGACUGUCAUAGGCUUUCUUUUAUUGUCUUGGAUGGUUGCUACAGUUGUCUAAUUUAUAGCAGUCGUGUCCCUGAAACAACAGUUUAAAACCUCAGACUGGGGUUAAAAUUGGUUUUCACUCAAUAUUUACUGGGAAAUAGUCAUUGCUAUACCUUCAAAAAGAUACCUCUACAAACACAUUAAAACCUUGGUAAAUUACAAUGCCGUGUGGGGAUACAUUGCAAAAAACAUGACUUUUUAGCUUUUUCCAUUAAAUUUAAAGAGGAAUAAAGUUAGGAAAUGCCCUGUUAUUCAGAAGUUGGGUGGGUUGGGGCAGCUUAUGGAGUGACUGCUAUGCAUUUUAACUGCAAAUUUUUACAUUUGCCACAGGGAAUAGUUGGUGCGAGAAAACUGAUGAAGCUUAGUGGUGUCGUCCCAUGUAGGCUUAUUUCAGAACCAGCCUAAUACUUCAGAUACUUUUUGACUUUAUACUCUGAGCUGUUACUGUAAAUGGUGUAUAAAACCUCUGCAUUUUUCUGUACGGACCUGAUAAUGUGCAUAACAAAUCCACAUCUUUGUUUUUUGUUUUUGUUGUUUUUACAAUAAGAAUCAAUCAAGAAAGAUAUAAUGUGAAAAAGAAUGGGAUUUUAGAGGGAGGGAAAAGCUGAAUGUCAGGCAUUGGGAGAACUAGAGGAAAGCGGCAAACACAUUACUAUACUUGAGAAAACUUAUCUUGACGCAUAAACGAGGUAGGUCUGACGUUUGAAAAAGUGAGUGGAAAUAGGAUCCAUUUCCUCGCUGAUCGUCUGGUAGGAAUGAGGGCGGGGGUCCCAGGGAAGCCUGCCUGGAGGGGGCUGGAACUGUUGCAUCCAUUUGGGAGAUUCCGUGACCCUCGGACCUGCCUGGGACCACGGAUGCCACGGAAUUAGGACAAGGUGAUGUUCCAAGCCACUGGCCGAACUGGAGGAAACAACUUUUACAGGUUGAAAUGCUGCCUUACAAGUAGGAAGUGAGUGAAAUAAAGGAUCCCUGUGAGGAUUUUCUACUGUG